AUGGGAAAUGCACAAGUGCAAACUUUUACCCAAUUUCUCCAGACUAGUGAUAAUAUGGACCAACCUCCUAUUACACCAAUCAGUAUUGGAUCCAAUUCCGGUAACCCAUUUGUAGAUAAUGUAGGCAUUGAAGAGGGGGAAGAUAUUGAUGUUACUACAACUACGCGUACUGCUGCUCGUACUGUUACACGUCGCAAAGUAAGUCAACCCAGAGAGAAAAAAGGGGUUAAUUGGACGAUAGAAGAUGAAACACUUCUAGGUAUGGCGUGGAGUAAUACUACCAAAGAUGAAGUAAAUGGCAAUUCACAAAGAGCAGAUGCCUACUGGGGGAAAAUUUGUGCAUUCUUCAAUGAAAAUAGGCAAACAAAUCAAACUGAACGAGAGGUAAAUCCUUGCAAACAACAUUGGUGGGCAAUUAAUAAUGCACCUGGAAAGUUUGCAGGGUGUUAUGCCAAGUAUGCAAAGAGGAGUGGGUUCAAUGAAGCCUUGAAACUCUCAGAGGCUCGUGCACUUUACCAAAGUCUCUACAAUACAAAGUUCCAGUACGAUCAUGUAUGGAGUAUUGUGUGUGAAACAGAUAAGUUCAGAGAUGAACUUAAGAGCAAACGUAAGAAAGGCAGCGAAACUGAUUCAUCAAAAAGGAAUAAGAUUUCUGAAUCAGGAGACUACACAGCAAGCGGGGAUGAUGUUGAGGCUUUCCAUGAAGUUGAUGAUCCCCGACCAAUAGGUCAACAAGCUGCAAAGAAACAACUAGCUGCCCAGAGGAAGGGAAAAAGCAAAAGCAUCGAGAGUGAUCAUAAUGAAGCCAUAUCAGCUGCAAAGAAUAUUGAAGAGUCACGUGCACAAUCAUUGAGUCGUAUGGCAGAUUUGAAAGAGCAGGACCUUGAAAAUCAACUACUUUGUGCCGAUGUCACCAAAAUGGCUCCUUUACAAAGAAAGAUUCACGAGAAGAAGUUGCAAGCACUUGCGGAAAAAUAUGGAUGGACUUUUGAUGAUUAA